GAAGCCCCGGAUCGCCGGGGAAUGCCGGACCGCCCGGGUUCCCAGGAUCACGCGGAGCGCCGGGGGCCAACGGAAGUCCAGGCGACGUCGGCUCGAAGGGUGAAUCGGGUCUGCCCGGGGAGCGGGGCUACAAAGGCGAAGCCGGCAUCAAGGGGGAAGCCGGUGUACCAGGACCCCGUGGGCUACCGGGAGCCGUCGGCCCGGAAGGUAAACGAGGCAAACGCGGCAUGAAGGGUCCCACGGGUCUGUCGGGUCCGCAGGGAGAACGAGGUCUUUCGGGGUCGCCCGGUCUACCGGGCCCCGACGGAGCGCAAGGCGUGAAGGGCCAAUCGGGAGACCGUGGCGCUAUGGGGCCCACCGGUCCGAAAGGAUCGUCCGGAGAUCCUGGACCACCGGGAACGCCCGGCAUUCAAGGACUACGCGGACAACCGGGACGUGCCGGGGCGCAGGGAAAAGCUGGAACACCCGGGGAACGGGGUCUGCCCGGAUCGGACGGCAAAGUGGGCGAAUCGGGCCCGCAAGGACUUCAGGGUCUGCCCGGACCGAUCGGUAUGCCCGGUGACAAAGGAUUCACGGGCGAACCAGGCAAGGACGGUGACAUCGGACCACCGGGAGCCGUAGGGCCCCGAGGAGACGCUGGUAAAGACGGACCGCCCGGGAUUCCGGGCCCCCCGGGCCCACCCGGCAACGAUGGAGACCGUGGCCCACCGGGAACGUCAGGACCGCGUGGAUUCCAGGGUCUACCGGGAACGCCAGGCAACCCAGGAGCCCAAGGCAAGGACGGGCAGAAUGGUCCGCCAGGAUCACCGGGGCCAACGGGCCAGCCAGGAAUACGGGGCGAGCGAGGUUUCCCGGGCGAACGCGGACCAGUUGGUACUCCGGGUACGCCGGGGGUUCGCGGUGAAACGGGAGCCCAAGGCAACGAUGGACCACCGGGUCCAUCCGGAGCUACGGGAAUGAAAGGACAUCAAGGAGCACCCGGUAUGGUGGGCCUCCCAGGGCUGCGAGGUCUCGCAGGACCCGCCGGAGAAAAGGGAGAGCGCGGCAGUUCGGGUCCGACGGGCCCCGAAGGUCCUGCCGGGCGCCUUGGUGAACGCGGUCUUCAGGGACCGAUGGGACCAACGGGGCCACCUGGAGAACCAGCGGAGAAGGGAGAACCCGGAUCACCGGGUGCCCACGGUGAACCUGGGGCUCCCGGGGUCGUCGGUGACCGGGGAGCGGUGGGGCCGCAAGGUCUCCAAGGCUUCCCCGGACCCCUGGGUCCCGUCGGUGUACCCGGCUCGAAGGGAGACCGAGGCAGUAUGGGACUGAAGGGCGAACAGGGCAAUUCUGGCCUCGCGGGAGUGCCGGGCGAACCAGGACCCCAAGGAUUCAUUGGACUGACCGGGUCCAAGGGAGCCCGCGGGGAGCCAGGACUGCGCGGCGAAACCGGACCGAUGGGCACUCCAGGACGACCGGGAGACCAAGGACCCAUUGGUCAAACUGGCAAUCCGGGACAGGCGGGUACGCCGGGCAGCCACGGUAUGAAGGGCAACCCGGGCGAUACGGGUCGCCCAGGAAAUGCGGGGCCCCCGGGGAUGCCCGGGCCGCAGGGAGCAGAAGGCAUCAAGGGCGACGCCGGCGGCGAUGGACCAGCGGGGCCGCCGGGAAAUCAAGGACCUCACGGUGUGCCGGGCGACAGAGGCCUUCCGGGUCUGCCCGGUCCGAGUGGAGCGCAAGGGAUGCGUGGCUUGCGUGGUGCGGCUGGAGAACCGGGGCACCCGGGAAAACCGGGCAACGAUGGACCCCCCGGCCCGGCCGGGCCACUGGGUCCGGCAGGACCCCCAGGACCUACCGGGGACAGCGGACCGGAAGGAAUGGUGGGAAAAACGGGCCCACCGGGCAUUGCAGGACGAGCUGGCGAUAAGGGACCGAUCGGAAACCCCGGAACCCAGGGCACACCGGGGGCUCCUGGCCUUCCAGGACCACCGGGCCAACAAGGGCCCCUCGGCCAGACGGGUGAGCGAGGGUUGCGUGGAGAAACGGGACCCAUCGGAGUCGACGGACCGCCGGGGGCUCGCGGAAAACCGGGACCACCGGGUCUGGAGGGUCCAAAGGGAGAGAACGGCGAAGCGGGGCUCAAGGGCACGAAGGGUCACCGGGGACUGAUCGGCCUGCAGGGACUGCCGGGAACUGCCGGUCCGCCGGGCGACAAGGGUAACGUUGGCGGUGUAGGUCCAUCGGGCAAACCGGGUGAGGCGGGACCCAGGGGGCCGCCAGGACGUGACGGCACCGUCGGACCGCAGGGAAUGCUGGGAAUCGCGGGACCACGGGGACCCCCCGGCAACGAUGGCAAACCGGGGCCAGUGGGACAAGCGGGACCUCCAGGACCGCCCGGUCCGCCGGGAGACGGAGUGGGCUACGACGCGGCCGCCCUUGCCGCUCUGCUCGGCCACGGCCAGAUGAGCAACAGCAAGGGACCGGAUCCGAACAUGGCCGAUGAACCGAUGAACCUGGGCCGCGUGUUCGAGCUGACGGACGAGGAGCGCCAGAAGUUGGUGGAGAAUGCGUACGAAAAGCUGAAGGCCGCCUUCGGGACGUUCAAGAAGCCGGACGGGAAGCAGGGUUCACCGGCCAAGACGUGCCGCGAUCUUUUUGCGGCCCAUCCCGAGCUCGCUUCCGGCCACUACUGGAUCGACCCGAACGAGGGCGACGCCCGGGAUGCCAUCCUGGUGUACUGUGACGCCGAACGGAGGGCUUCCUGUGUCCUGCCGCAGCCACUGCGCACGAAGGAGCUCGCGUACGACGGCGACGAGGACGAAGUGUGGCUUGGCGAACUGAAGGACGGCAUGAAAAUCACGUACAAGUCGGACAGCAACCAGAUCGGCUUCCUGCAGCUCCUGUCGGCGACCGCGUCCCAGAACAUAACCUAUCACUGCCGCAACAGCGUGGCGUUCUUCAACAAGGAGAAGAACAGCUACCGCCAGAGUCUGAAGCUGCUCGCCUGGAACGACGCCGAACUGACGGCCCGUGGCCCGCAGCGGCUGCGGUACGACGCUCUGCAGGACGACUGCCAGCACCGGACGGCCCACUACGCCCAGUCGGUGCUCAGCUACAGCACGGACAAACCGAUGCGACUGCCCAUCAUCGACAUCGCGAUCCGGGACAUUGGCCGCGAAGCGAACCAGGAGUUCUGGAUCGAGAUCGGGGCCGUGUGCUUCCACCCCGGAUCGCCGGGGAAUGCCGGACCGCCCGGGUUCCCAGGAUCACGCGGAGCGCCGGGGGCCAACGGAAGUCCAGGCGACGUCGGCUCGAAGGGUGAAUCGGGUCUGCCCGGGGAGCGGGGCUACAAAGGCGAAGCCGGCAUCAAGGGGGAAGCCGGUGUACCAGGACCCCGUGGGCUACCGGGAGCCGUCGGCCCGGAAGGUAAACGAGGCAAACGCGGCAUGAAGGGUCCCACGGGUCUGUCGGGUCCGCAGGGAGAACGAGGUCUUUCGGGGUCGCCCGGUCUACCGGGCCCCGACGGAGCGCAAGGCGUGAAGGGCCAAUCGGGAGACCGUGGCGCUAUGGGGCCCACCGGUCCGAAAGGAUCGUCCGGAGAUCCUGGACCACCGGGAACGCCCGGCAUUCAAGGACUACGCGGACAACCGGGACGUGCCGGGGCGCAGGGAAAAGCUGGAACACCCGGGGAACGGGGUCUGCCCGGAUCGGACGGCAAAGUGGGCGAAUCGGGCCCGCAAGGACUUCAGGGUCUGCCCGGACCGAUCGGUAUGCCCGGUGACAAAGGAUUCACGGGCGAACCAGGCAAGGACGGUGACAUCGGACCACCGGGAGCCGUAGGGCCCCGAGGAGACGCUGGUAAAGACGGACCGCCCGGGAUUCCGGGCCCCCCGGGCCCACCCGGCAACGAUGGAGACCGUGGCCCACCGGGAACGUCAGGACCGCGUGGAUUCCAGGGUCUACCGGGAACGCCAGGCAACCCAGGAGCCCAAGGCAAGGACGGGCAGAAUGGUCCGCCAGGAUCACCGGGGCCAACGGGCCAGCCAGGAAUACGGGGCGAGCGAGGUUUCCCGGGCGAACGCGGACCAGUUGGUACUCCGGGUACGCCGGGGGUUCGCGGUGAAACGGGAGCCCAAGGCAACGAUGGACCACCGGGUCCAUCCGGAGCUACGGGAAUGAAAGGACAUCAAGGAGCACCCGGUAUGGUGGGCCUCCCAGGGCUGCGAGGUCUCGCAGGACCCGCCGGAGAAAAGGGAGAGCGCGGCAGUUCGGGUCCGACGGGCCCCGAAGGUCCUGCCGGGCGCCUUGGUGAACGCGGUCUUCAGGGACCGAUGGGACCAACGGGGCCACCUGGAGAACCAGCGGAGAAGGGAGAACCCGGAUCACCGGGUGCCCACGGUGAACCUGGGGCUCCCGGGGUCGUCGGUGACCGGGGAGCGGUGGGGCCGCAAGGUCUCCAAGGCUUCCCCGGACCCCUGGGUCCCGUCGGUGUACCCGGCUCGAAGGGAGACCGAGGCAGUAUGGGACUGAAGGGCGAACAGGGCAAUUCUGGCCUCGCGGGAGUGCCGGGCGAACCAGGACCCCAAGGAUUCAUUGGACUGACCGGGUCCAAGGGAGCCCGCGGGGAGCCAGGACUGCGCGGCGAAACCGGACCGAUGGGCACUCCAGGACGACCGGGAGACCAAGGACCCAUUGGUCAAACUGGCAAUCCGGGACAGGCGGGUACGCCGGGCAGCCACGGUAUGAAGGGCAACCCGGGCGAUACGGGUCGCCCAGGAAAUGCGGGGCCCCCGGGGAUGCCCGGGCCGCAGGGAGCAGAAGGCAUCAAGGGCGACGCCGGCGGCGAUGGACCAGCGGGGCCGCCGGGAAAUCAAGGACCUCACGGUGUGCCGGGCGACAGAGGCCUUCCGGGUCUGCCCGGUCCGAGUGGAGCGCAAGGGAUGCGUGGCUUGCGUGGUGCGGCUGGAGAACCGGGGCACCCGGGAAAACCGGGCAACGAUGGACCCCCCGGCCCGGCCGGGCCACUGGGUCCGGCAGGACCCCCAGGACCUACCGGGGACAGCGGACCGGAAGGAAUGGUGGGAAAAACGGGCCCACCGGGCAUUGCAGGACGAGCUGGCGAUAAGGGACCGAUCGGAAACCCCGGAACCCAGGGCACACCGGGGGCUCCUGGCCUUCCAGGACCACCGGGCCAACAAGGGCCCCUCGGCCAGACGGGUGAGCGAGGGUUGCGUGGAGAAACGGGACCCAUCGGAGUCGACGGACCGCCGGGGGCUCGCGGAAAACCGGGACCACCGGGUCUGGAGGGUCCAAAGGGAGAGAACGGCGAAGCGGGGCUCAAGGGCACGAAGGGUCACCGGGGACUGAUCGGCCUGCAGGGACUGCCGGGAACUGCCGGUCCGCCGGGCGACAAGGGUAACGUUGGCGGUGUAGGUCCAUCGGGCAAACCGGGUGAGGCGGGACCCAGGGGGCCGCCAGGACGUGACGGCACCGUCGGACCGCAGGGAAUGCUGGGAAUCGCGGGACCACGGGGACCCCCCGGCAACGAUGGCAAACCGGGGCCAGUGGGACAAGCGGGACCUCCAGGACCGCCCGGUCCGCCGGGAGACGGAGUGGGCUACGACGCGGCCGCCCUUGCCGCUCUGCUCGGCCACGGCCAGAUGAGCAACAGCAAGGGACCGGAUCCGAACAUGGCCGAUGAACCGAUGAACCUGGGCCGCGUGUUCGAGCUGACGGACGAGGAGCGCCAGAAGUUGGUGGAGAAUGCGUACGAAAAGCUGAAGGCCGCCUUCGGGACGUUCAAGAAGCCGGACGGGAAGCAGGGUUCACCGGCCAAGACGUGCCGCGAUCUUUUUGCGGCCCAUCCCGAGCUCGCUUCCGGCCACUACUGGAUCGACCCGAACGAGGGCGACGCCCGGGAUGCCAUCCUGGUGUACUGUGACGCCGAACGGAGGGCUUCCUGUGUCCUGCCGCAGCCACUGCGCACGAAGGAGCUCGCGUACGACGGCGACGAGGACGAAGUGUGGCUUGGCGAACUGAAGGACGGCAUGAAAAUCACGUACAAGUCGGACAGCAACCAGAUCGGCUUCCUGCAGCUCCUGUCGGCGACCGCGUCCCAGAACAUAACCUAUCACUGCCGCAACAGCGUGGCGUUCUUCAACAAGGAGAAGAACAGCUACCGCCAGAGUCUGAAGCUGCUCGCCUGGAACGACGCCGAACUGACGGCCCGUGGCCCGCAGCGGCUGCGGUACGACGCUCUGCAGGACGACUGCCAGCACCGGACGGCCCACUACGCCCAGUCGGUGCUCAGCUACAGCACGGACAAACCGAUGCGACUGCCCAUCAUCGACAUCGCGAUCCGGGACAUUGGCCGCGAAGCGAACCAGGAGUUCUGGAUCGAGAUCGGGGCCGUGUGCUUCCAGUAGCGUUCCGACGGAUGGUCCUGCUGAUGGUGAUCCUUUUCCUAGGAAAAAAAACGGAACGAACAACAACAACAACAGACGGACGGAUGACGGGAAACUAAGAGAAAGACUAAGAAAAGUGUAGAUUCCUCUUCGUGCUGCGUGAUAUUCUUUGUGGCAGUGUGGAAGCGACCGAAGUUAGACGGAGGUGUGAG